CCACUCCCAAACAACAAAAUCCUCUUCACAAACUAUCCCAAAAAUUUUCCUUUAAUCUUUUCCAUUAAUCCAGAUUUUGCUAAACCCUAAUUCUUCAUCAGUUCUGAAUUUGCUGAGAAAAUGCCAUUGUUUUCUGAUGCAGCGAGCGCGAUUAAGUCCAGAUUCAGAUAUCACGACCAUGCUUCUUCAUCCUCGUCCGAAGUUUCGUCGGCGAUGCCGGCAGUUAAGAGCACUCCGGAUCUGAUGUUUAAGUCGGCGACGAAGGAAUCGAACUCCCUGACUAUUAGGAGUUUCAGCGAGAGUGGUUUUAAUGAUGAUGAUGAUUCCAAAACUACGCCGUUCGUUAGGAGUUUCGAGUUUCACGACGACCCCUCCUUCUGGAAGGAGCAGAAUGUUCAGGUUAUUAUAAGAAUUCGUCCUUUGAGUAGCUCUGAGAUAUCAUUGCAAGGACAUGGCAGAUGUGUCAGGCAAGAUAGUUCUCAGGCAAUUACUUGGACAGGACAUCCUGAAUCACGUUUUACCUUCGACCUUAUUGCAGAUGAAACUGUUAGCCAGGAGAUGCUAUUUAAAGUGGCUGGGGUGCCCAUGGUGGAAAAUUGCAUGGGAGGCUACAAUAGUUGCAUGUUUGCUUAUGGCCAAACUGGAAGUGGGAAAACUCACACGAUGCUUGGAGAUAUAGAGGGAGGAACCAGAAGACAUAGUGUCAACAGUGGGAUGACACCUAGAGUGUUUGAGUAUUUGUUUUCAAGAAUUCAAAAGGAAAGGGAGGCACGGAGAGAGGAAAAACUAAGAUUUACUUGCAGAUGUUCUUUUCUAGAAAUAUACAAUGAGCAAAUUCUUGAUCUUUUGGAUCCUUCCUCUGUGAAUCUACAGAUAAGAGAAGAUAAUAAGAAGGGAAUUUAUGUAGAGAAUCUUACUGAGGUAGAAGUGACAAGUGCUCGAGAUGUGAUUCAGAAACUUCUUCAGGGGGCAACAAACAGAAAGGUUGCUGCAACCAAUAUGAAUCAUGCUAGCAGUCGUUCACAUAGUGUGUUCACUUGUACGCUAGAAAGCAAGUGGGAAUCACAAGGUGUAACUCACCAUAGGUUUGCACGGCUUAAUCUUGUUGAUUUAGCUGGUUCUGAGAGGCAAAAGAGCUCCGGUGCAGAAGGCGAACGUUUAAAGGAAGCUACCAACAUCAACAAAUCUCUUUCCACAUUAGGGCUUGUGAUUAUGAACCUUGUGAAUGUGUCCAAUGGAAGGUCACUUCAUGUUCCUUAUAGAGAUUCAAAGCUCACAUUUUUGCUUCAGGACUCACUGGGUGGAAAUGCAAAAACAAGUAUUAUUGCUAAUAUCAGUCCAUCUAGCAGCUGUUCACUGGAGACAUUGAGCACAUUGAAGUUUGCCCAACGUGCCAAAUACAUAAAAAAUCAUGCUAUUGUCAACGAAGAUGCUUCAGGAGAUGUUCUUGCUAUGAGGAUUCAGAUCCAAAAUCUGAAGAAAGAAGUAGCACGUUUAAGGAGUCUAGCAAAUGGAGUAGCUGAGAACCAUGAAACUGAUCCUCUGGCAGUAUCUUUUCCCGGAUCCCCUGGAAACUUUAAAUGGGAAGGACUCAAUGGUCUAUCAAGUCCACUUACUUCUAACAAAAGAAUGUCAACUAAGAAAGAGUAUGAAGUUGCCCUAGUAGGGGCUUUCAGAAGGGAAAAGGAUAAAGACAUUGCACUAAAGGCCCUGGCUGAUGAAAGUCAGGCUGCAAUGAAGCUGGCCAAACAAAGAGAAGAUGAGAUCCAAGGUCUCAAGAUGAGAUUAAGGUUUCGAGAAGCAGGAAUAAAAAGACUAGAAGCUGUUGCUUCUGGAAAGAUCUCAGCUGAGACUCACUUGCUAAAAGAAAGGGAGGAGCAUUUGAACGAAAUAGAGGUCUUACGUGCUCAGGUUGAUCGCAACCAGGAGGCGACAAGAUUUGCUAUGGAAAACCUGCGAUUGAAAGAAGAGAUUAGAAGAUUGAAAUCAUUUUGUGAGGAAGGGGAACGUGAAAGAAUGAAUGAACAGAUAAUGACUUUGCAAAACAAGUUGCUAGAAGCUCUGGAUUGGAAACUCAUGCACGAAUCAGACCCGAUGAUUGUUCCGAAAGAAACCUCUGAGCCUACGCUUUCAAGUGGUGACGAUCUACUGCUUUCUAGUCAUGGCUCUGCAUCACCCUGGCGUACAUCGAUCAAUGAGGAGAAUGAGUUCCUUCGUAUGCAGGCCAUUCAGAACCAGUCAGAACUGAAUUGUCUUCAGAAGAAGCUUGAUUGCUGUGUUGAUGAAAAAGAAAAAUUGCAGAGGCAUGUAGAUGACUUGGUAAGACAACUAGAAGCUGAGAGGACUCAAGAUGCACUGAGAAAUCAGCCUGGUCUUCCUUCAAUGGCCAAGAAUCAGAUACCCAAUACUGCUCCACCUGAGCAGAUAGAACUAAAAACAAUGGUUGAUGCCAUUGCUGCAGCAAGCCAAAGGGAAGCGGAAUCUCAUGAGAUGGCCAUUUUCUUGUCCAAAGAAAAUGAUGAACUUAAGAUGAAGCUAAAAGUACUAAUUGAAGAUAAUAACAAACUGAUAGAACUAUAUGAAGCGGCAGUUGCACAAAAUCAUGCUGAUGGUAAGGAAACUCAUAAAUCCGAAGAGCGGAUGGAAGAAGAACAAUAUCAUGACAGCCAACUUGCUGGGGAGCAACUGGAGAUGAAUAAAGAGGUUCAGAAUGUAAAGCAUCAACUUCUGGAGAUGCAUGAAGAAAAUGAGAAAUUGAUGGGGCUAUAUGAGAAAGCCAUGCAAGAGAGGGAUGAACUUAAACGACUUCUGGCCUCCAAUGAACAGAAAAGUGUUGAGAAAAGAGUUGAGUGUGACCGCCCAGUUGAGCUAGUUGAAAUGUAUGAAGAAAAUCAUCUGAAGCUUGAAGAAUCUUUCAUGCCGGUUGAUGAGAAUGUUACUUCUAACAAAACGGGUUUCCUCGAAACAAUGAUGGAGGGUGGACAUCUUCUUAAGUUAGAAGAUAAUUCAAUAUCUGUUGAUUCAAAAAGCUUGUUGGUGGAAAGUGGUUUGUAUGAAGUAAAUGUGCAGGAUGCCAGUGAAUGUUCUGUUAGUAGUCAGGACAAUGACAGAUCUGAAGAUUUGACUUGUUCUGAGAUAGCAGAUCUUGCAGAGAAUGAAGUUUCAGGGCAAAGUGCACAGCAUAAAGUUGAAACUGUCAUACUAAAUGAAUCUGAAUCUGUAAGAGGGGGCCUACUUCCGAAUGAAGCUGGUUCAUCUGAAUACAAAACCGGUUUGAGGCAUCAGAAAUCUGGUGGCAGUCCAAAAAUAGAUGACAGGUCAGCAGCAAUUUGCUUGUCAGAAGAUGUGAGUUUGUUUAGAAAGAAGCUUGUUGAAGCACAAGAGAAGAUUUCAGACUCUGCACAAAGUUUGAGUAUAUUUGGUACGCUUGAGAGAGCAAUCCUUGAGGUUGAUCAGUUAUCACAAGAAAUUGGAAGGCUAGAAAAUGGCCUACAGGUGAAACAACAAGAGUAUGCAUUAUCGAAGGUUUGUUCUACAGAGAUUCAUGAGAGGAGAGUCAUUCUUGACAAG